GUCAGUAGGGGCUGACGCACUCCUCCAGUUUAUGUAUUUUGUGGACACCUAGAUAUUUCCAGUAAUGUCACCCUCGGUGUCCCCUCGUUUCUUCUCAGAGAAGGAAGUAGCGCGCCAUAAUACUAAGGAAUCAUGUUGGGUAUUGUUGGGGACACGAGUUUAUGAUGUGACAGGAUUCCUCCGAAUGCACCCGGGCGGGGAAGCGCUAAUACUGCGUCGGUCUGGUAAAGACAUCAGCCGGGAGAUAGAGGGUCCACCUCACCGGCACUCCGAAAACGCAAGAAGAUGGAUGGAGCAGUACUACAUUGGCGAAAUUGACAGAGAUAGUUCUGACGACUCGGAGACCCUGAGAGAGAGGAGGAAGAAAGCCCAGCACGAAUAUACAGCAGAGGAAGAUACCAUUGGCAUUAGCAAAUGCAGUAAAGUCGACCUCGAUAAGGAUCUGGUGGACUGGAGGAAACCCUUGGCUUGGCAGGUGGGCUACCUGGGCGAGAAGUAUGACGCGUGGGUUCACCAGCCCGUGGACCGGCCCAUUCGUCUUUUCGAGUCAGAGUUCCUGGAGGCCAGAACCAAAACAUCAUGGUACAUGGUCCCAAUUGUUUGGAUGCCAGUGGUGAUUUAUCUGAGCUGGUACUGCUAUAACAUGCUGGCACAGGAGAGAACCAGACUCCACAUCACAGAAGACUACUCCGUCCUGGUUCACAAGAGCAGCUUUCCCUUCAUCUUCCUGGCGGGUAUGUUUCUCUGGUCCUUUGUCGAAUACUGCAUCCACCGUUUUGUCUUCCACAUGCGUCCGCCGGCCCACAACUAUUACCUCAUCACCCUCCACUUCCUGCUCCACGGACAGCACCACAAGUCUCCAUUUGACGGCUCGCGGCUGGUGUUCCCACCCGGCAUAGCCUCCAUCGUGGUAGGGAGCUUUUACCUGGUGCUCCGGCAGCUCUUCCCUGAGGGUCUGGGGCUUUGUCUGUUUGUGGGAGGCCUGUGUGGCUAUGUGGUCUACGACAUGAUCCACUACUACCUGCACUACGGCUCCCCCCAAAAGGGCUCCUACCUGUAUGGGCUGAAGGCCUAUCAUGUCAAACACCACUUUGAGCACCAGAGAGCAGGUUUUGGAAUAACGACCAGGUUCUGGGACUAUCCUUUCAACACAGCCAUCCCCGAGGAGACCUUUUAGCCAGUCUCCAUGACAACAGCCACACAGGAAGCACCCCCCCCAACCUAGCCCCCACCCCGCCCCCCACCCCUUACCCUCUCUCACCCAUUACUCUGCUUCAUAAAUGCUUCAAUCUGGUGUUUCAUAUCCUCCAGCAACCCCCCCCCUCCCAACACAACCACCUACUGCUAAGUUACAGCUUACACAAACAUAAACGCAAGCAGCAACACCUCCAUUCUCCCCCAUUGUAUCCACCUGCCAAUCAGAGAGAGAGGGUGUGGUCAUGAAGAUGACUGAACGGAACCAGAAUAGGGGUUUUUAUA